AUGCAGGAGGAAGAGGCAUACACCUCUCUUCAGUGGGAUAAUCCAGCACCAAACCCUUACCAGAAACAUCUGUCUUCCACCAAAAAUUCAGGAACAUGGUGUCUUGUGACAGUGGUUUUAUGUAUCUUCUGCAUAGGCUCAUGAGCAACCUCCAUUUUCUUGGGUGUCAAAGUGUUCCACGUGUCCACUACUGCAAUGAAGCAGCAAGAAAAACUCAUCCAACGGGACAGAGUACUGCUCAGCUUCACACAAUGGAAGAGAAACCAUGCCCUCCAGAUGAAAUAUUGCCGAACGUUGAUGCAGAAGUCUUUCAGUUCAGCCCGUAACUGCAGCCCUUGUCCAGACAACUGGAUUCGGAAUGGAGAAAGUUGUUACCAUGUCUUUGAAAACUGGACAAUUUGACCCACCAGUAGAGAGGAUUGUUUGAAGGAGGUAUCUAAGCUUCUACAAAUAGACAGCAAAGAAGAAAUGGACUUUAUCACUGGCAGCCUGAGGAAGAUCAAAAGAAACUAUGAUCACUGGGUGGGACUGUCUCAGGAUGGGUCCAGCCAACCUUGGCUUUGGCAAGACGGCUCCUCUCCUUCCCCUGAUCUGCUGGUCAGCAGGACCCCCCAAUCAACUAACCAGGUCUGUGGAUACCUCAGAAACAACGGCCUUUCUUCCGCUAACUGCAGCAUUUGGAAAUAUUUCAUCUGUGAGAAGUACGCAUUAAGAUCUUCUACCUGA